AUCGCAGGCAGCAUCCUCGCCGGCUGCAUCACCCGAAACACUCUAGGUUUCGGAUUCUCCUACCCAAUUCCGAAGAAAAAUGCAGCAUUCAAAUUAAUUUCCGCAGAAAUUCGCCGGAAGCUCACAUCGCCCACUGCCCCACCCGAGACAUUCAGGCUCAACAAGCAUGGAUUCACAUAUUAAGGUAUUGGUGCGUGUCGAUGGAACGUGGGAUACUCUUGGAAAUUUCAGUUCAAACUUUCAGUACAAGACAAAGAGGUCGAAUAGGACAGUGUUGCACGUUGUAUGCAUUGAUGACCGGUGUUCAUGGGUUGUGCGUGCGGUUAGUCUUGACAAUUCUCCACUGUUCCAGAUACGCAGGAAGGUGAUAAGAGACAAGCAACGUUAGCAUUCAUAGCCGAUCUAGUCCUACAUCGUUAUUUAGAUGCUACCAGGAAACAGUACCCUCCUGUUAGGCGUGUUGUAGCACCUACAAAUUAAUUUCUUAUUUUCCUUAACUUAAAUCCCCCUUUAUGAAUUAAUAUUCAUUAAAACAUAUAGAUAGGCCAAAAUCUUAAAUCAACUCUAAUUGGGUCUAAUACCUAUAUAAAUACGUUCGUAUACGCCCCCUGCCGUCUGCAAUCUUCUUCCCUGCCGCGAUUCUUCAUCACCAUCAUCAGUUUCUUCUUUGCGGAAGGGAGAGGUGCCAGAGACGAACUACAUAGCUGUUCGAUGUGGUCCAGACGCUGCCCCGAGCCGCCACCGCCACUGUGCAACUCGCUGGGAAACAGCCCCAUCGCCGCUGUUCUUUUCGUCGGUGAUUUGACUCAUUAAUUCGGUUCCCUCAAUUCUUCUAGUUAAUCAAGGUAACAAGAGUGAUGAAUAAGGAGCUAUCCUGGAAGGUAGAGAGGAUGAGAUGAUGGAUGGAUGCUAGCUGGAGGAGU